UAACCUAACAUAUCUCUGUGUCGACAUUUUAUUCUGCUUUGGCCGCCUCUCUAGAACUCAGCCAACAGCUGAUAAAAACACAAAAGAGAACAGCCCGAUCGCCUCCUCUUCCGGCAAUGGCGGAAGCUCAAACCGACAAACCCCUUUCCCUCUCUGAGCAAUAUCUGCUGAAGGAGAAAGAGGAGAAAUCAGAUGUGGCUACAAAACCAGCAGAAGUAAAAGAGGUUGAAAGUCCAGUCAAUGCUGCUUCUGAGGAAGUUGUCAUUGAGAAAGUGGAGGAGACUCCUGCCGCUCCAGUUGAGGAGACCACUGUGGCCCCUCCUGCUGCUACUGAAGAAAGCACUGAAGCCAAUCCCGCUACUGAGAACAGCAGUGAAGAUGCUCCAGAAGCUGCAGAGGAAAGUAGUAAGCCUACUGCAGAGGAAAGUAGUAAGCCUACUGCAGAGGAGAACUCAGGUGAUGCUGAAGAAACACCAGAGAUAAAGCUUGAGACUGCCCCGGCAGAUUUUCGUUUCCCAACUACAAACCAAACAAGGCAUUGCUUCACACGAUACAUUGAGUACCAUCGCUGCGUAGCUGCGAAGGGAGAAGGUGCACCAGAGUGUGACAAGUUUGCCAAGUAUUAUCGUUCCCUAUGUCCUGGAGAAUGGAUAGACCGAUGGAAUGAGCAAAGGGAGAACGGUACUUUUCCAGGUCCUCUGUAGAUGGUACCUGUCAGGAAGCCUUGUCAUGGUUUUCUUCUGUUAUAUGACCAGUUCACGGCAGAUGAAUUUCUUGAAUGAAAGGAGAGUUUUCAGGAAAAGUCCUAUUUGAAUGGACGAAGUAAUAAGACAUUUUUGCAUGUAAGAUAGACUAGAUCCAGGAUGACACAAUGUGUCGCUCAUAAAAUGAAAGUUAUUACUCAUCGGUUCCAUGAUGAAAGCUUUUUUUCCUUUUAUUUUUUUCUGCUGCAACCAUCAUAGUUGCAGGUUAUUGACGUAAACCAUACUAUAAUAAAACGAGCAUGUAACUCUGUAAUGGCCUAGAUUUCAGUUCAUUAAUGAUUUCUUAACUCAGCUUUGCAGUGCUGAAAAUUCCAAUAUUGAAGCA